AUGCACGAGGUGCAGCGUCGAUCGCGGCGGUGCCUUAGCGUUGGACCAGAAGCGCGUGACCUUGGAGCCAUGUCAAACGACGCUUCUGAUGGAUCUUCUCCUGCUGUGCUCUCGCUCGCCGGAAUAAGGGAGGCCGCGGAUAGGAUUUCCCCCCACACCCAAAUUACCCCCGUCCUGACGUGCGGCGCCUUGAACGAAAUGAGCGGGCGCGAAGUGUUCUUCAAGUGCGAGCUCUUCCAGAAGACCGGGUCAUUCAAGGCCCGCGGCGCGUGCAACGCGGUCCUGCUCACCCCUCCGGAGUGCCCCGGUGUCGUCACCCAUUCCAGCGGCAACCAUGCCCAGGCACUUGCAUGGGCGGCAAGCGUGCGCGGAAUCCCGGCACACAUCGUGAUGCCGCGGAGCUGCAUGGCGGUCAAGGUGGACGCCGUCCGUGGCUACGGGGCAAGCGUAACUCUCUGUGAAAACAGCAAGUCCAGCCGAGAGAGCACCGCAGCCGACAUCGUCUCGAAGCUCCCUGGCUCCAGCCUUAUUCACUCUUCGAACGACGCCCGGGUUCAGUGCGGGAUUGGCACGAUUGGCCUCGAGCUCGUGAGCCAGGUCAAGGACCUAACAGGCGGCGCGGAUCUCGACGCGGUCAUCGUGACGAUAGGCGGCGGGGGGCUCAUCAGCGGGGUCACGACCGCCGUCAAGGCUCUGUGUCCCAACGCUCGCAUCAUCGGCGCGCAGCCGGAGAAAGCAGCGGACGCGUUCAAGUCCAAGCAGAGCGGGACCUUGUGCAGCCCCGCGGAGGGCGAGGCAUUGCCGGACACCAUAGCCGACGGCCUCCGGACCUCGCUCGGGAAUAAGGCGUGGCCGGUUGUGAGGGAUUCCGUGGACGAGAUCGUGACGGUUUCCGAGGAUGAUAUUCGGGUGUGGAUGGGGGUGGUAUACAAGCGGAUGAAGCUCGUGAUCGAGCCGAGCGCGGCAGUUGGGGUAGCCGCGCUCAUGUCGCCACAAGUGCGAGCAAUGCCCAGCGAGAUGCGAAAGGUUGGCGUGGUGCUGUGUGGGGGCAACGUAGACGUGACCUUGCUGCAAGACCUUUUGUCCGUCGCCGGCCCGUCGAGUGACUAAAGAAGGGUCUAGCCACUAGCAGGAGCCAUUCAAUGUGGACAUAUUUUUUCAGUACCCAGGAGAAAAACGAGCUUGGCCAAGAGCGCACGGAGUUGCACCGAUGGCAUCCGACCUUUCGUUAGAGCACCAAAGAUGACGUGACACGUUGUCGGCGGCCCCACUUAGUUAUGUGCGCACUGUGUAUUCCGUAGGGACAUCACUGUAUGUGAGGAUCAUUCGUAGCUUUGUUGCUGCUGGGUGGGCGUUCUGUACAUGAGUAUUCACACUGUUGCUGCUUACAUUCUCGGAGUAAUGGGAUAUGAUUUAGGU